AUGGAUUUCCUUGUGGAUGGGAACCACACAGCAGUGACACAGUUCAUCUUACUUGGUUUAACAAAUGACCCAGUCCUUCGAGUCAUCCUCUUCAUCAUCAUCAUGUGCAUCUACCUGGUGACCAUGUUUGGAAACCUCAGCACAAUCCUGCUAAUCAGAAUCUCUCCUCAGCUCCAUCACCCCAUGUACUUUUUACUGAGCCACUUGGCUUCUACUGACAUUGGCUACUCAUCCUCUGUCACACCCAAUAUGCUAGUUCACUUCCUGGUGGAGAGAAAAACUAUCUCCUAUCUUGGUUGUGCUAUCCAGCUUGGCUCAGGUGCUUUCUUUGGCGGAAUUGAAGUCUGUGUUCAACUGCUUAUAGGAUCUUACACAUGUGGUUUUCUUAAUGCUUCCUCCUGUACUCUUUUCUUCUUUUCUUCUAACUUCUGUGGACCAAACAGAAUCAAUCAUUUUUUCUGUGAUUUGACCCCUUUAGUUGAACUCUCCUGUUCAGAUGUCAGGAUCCCCACAGCUAUUACUACAUUUUAUUUUGGGACUAUAGGUGUGAUCACAUUGUUAGUCAUAGGUACCUCCUAUACCUACAUCCUCAUCACCAUCCUGAAGAUGCCCUCUACUGAGGGUCGCCAUAAGGCCUUCUCCACCUGCACCUCCCACCUCACUGCAGUCACUUUGUACUAUGGGACCACCACAUUCAUUUAUGUGAUGCCCAAGUCCAGUUACUCCACCGACCAGAAUAAGGUGGUGUCUGUGUUCUACACUGUGUUGAUCCCCAUGUUGAACCCUCUCAUCUACAGUCUGAAAAAUAAUGAGAUUAAGGGAGCUCUGAAGAGGCAACUUGGUAAGAAAAUAUUUUCUGAGAGAUGUCUUUUGUAG